CAAACUGAAAACGAAAUCACAACUAUCGACAAUGACUAAUUGAUGAGAAGAAAAGAAACAAAAGAAAACAAAUUUCUUCAGACUUUGUAUUCUACCAAACAAGAAAUCUAAGCCAAAACAUUCAAAGCGAUUUCUCAAGCAAAACUAGAAGAUGAAGGUAAGUAUUAUAUGGUUUAUGUAUGUGUUUUUAUGGCUUCUUUGAUUGACGUUACAACAUAUCAUUUUUUUAGCAAAAGAUCUUGAUAAGAGUGACUAUGACCGAUGACAAAACCCGAGCAAAAGCAAUGACAAAAGCAGUUCAGUUUAAAGGCGUGUCAGCCGUGGAAAUAAAAGGCGAUCACAGGAACCAGAUAGAGGUAACCGGCGUUGAAGUUGAUAUGAUCCCUCUUAUCCAAAUACUCAGAAAGAAGGUAGCGUUCGCAGAGCUUGUGAGCGUGACCAAAGUUGAACCACCAAAGAAAGAAGACGAGAAGAAAGGAGGGGACGGAAAGGGUGCAGAGGGAAAAGGCGGUGACCAAAAAGGUGGCGAUAAGAAAGGGCCAGAUGACAAGGAACCUCCGGAGCCAAAACCUGUGCCGUGUUAUCCAUGGCCUCUGCAGGGAUACGGUGUACCUUCCUCCUUUCCUCAUCAAGGAUACGGUGUGCCUUCCACCUUUCCCCAGGGAGACGGUGUACCUUCCUCGUUUCCAUACCCGUGCCAUCCGGCACAUCCCUACAAUGAUAUAGGGGAACCCGUUUACAAUCACGAACCCAAUUGCAAAAUCAUGUGAAAUGAGUUUUACAGAGGAAGAUUGAUAGAGAGAGCAUGAUGACCAAUGUUUUUUUUUUUAUUGUAAAGAACUAAAGAAGCACUAUGUUUACUAUUUAGUCAUAUGAAUAAAGCUCUGAGGCCACCAAAUCAAUUUACUGCUAUCUCAACAUGCUCUUUUAAUCUUUAUGCAUUUCCUAGUAAAUAUUUGUAUGAGCACAGCAAAAUCA